AUGAACGUCGAUGAUGUCGAAGAUCGCGAUGGCGUUCGUCUCUCCUGGAACGUCUGGCCCUCUUCCAAGAUCGAGGCUACCAGGACCGUAGUUCCCAUCAGUGCCCUCUACACGCCUCUCAAGGAGCGCGAGGAUCUGCCCCCCGUCCUCUACGAACCCGUCACCUGCAAACCGCCUUGCCGUGCCGUUCUCAACCCUUACUGCCAAAUCGACGUUCGCGGAAAGCUCUGGAUCUGCCCCUUCUGUCUUUCGCGUAACGCCUUCCCUCCCCACUACAAGGACAUCAGUAGCACCAACUUGCCCGCAGAGCUUCUUCCCAAAUACACCACCAUCGAGUAUACCCUCAGCCGUCCCGCCCAGAUCCCACCCAUCUUCCUCUAUGUUGUCGACACCUGCAUGGACGAUGACGACCUCAAGGCUUUGCGCGAGGCCCUCGUCGUCAGCUUGAGCCUCUUGCCUCCUAAUGCGCUCGUUGGUCUCAUCACCUACGGCACCAUGGCUCAGGUUCACGAGCUUGGUUACGACGCCUGCCCCAAAAGUUACGUCUUCCGCGGCACCAAGGAGUAUGCACCCAAGGCCAUCCAGGACAUGCUCGGCCUCAACCCUGGCGCUCGCCCCAUGGGCCCCGGCGCGCCCGGUGCUCCUGGGGGACCGUCUCAGGCUCCGCGUCCGCCCAACGCUACGGCUCAGAUGGGCGCCUCGCGCUUCCUCUUGCCCGUCUCGCAGUGCGAAUUCCAGCUGACCCAGAUCCUCGAGCAGCUCCAGAAGGAUCCUUGGCCCGUUGCCAAUGACAAGCGUAGCCAGCGUUGCACCGGUGUCGCCCUCAGCGUCGCCGUCGGCAUGCUCGAGACCACCUUCCCCAACACGGGUGCCCGUGUCAUGCUCUUCUGCGGUGGACCCGCCACCGAGGGCCCCGGCAUGGUUGUCUCAACCGAGCUCCGCGAGCGCAUCCGCUCGCACCACGACAUUGACAAGGACAACGCCAAGUACUACAAGCGUGCCAUCAAGUUCUACGAGGCCAUGGCCAAACGCGCUGCGGGCAACGGACACACCAUCGAUGUGUUUGCCGGCUGUCUCGACCAGGUCGGCUUGCUCGAGAUGAAGGGUCUCGCCAACUACACCAACGGCCACAUGAUCCUCGCCGAUAGCUUCCAGAUGGGUAUCUUCAAGCAGAGUUUCCACCGCAUCUUCCACAAGGACGACCAGGGUCAUUUGCAGAUGGGCUUCAACGCUACUCUCGACGUACAGUGCACCAAGGAGCUCAAGGUGUCUGGUCUGAUCGGCCACGCUGUCUCUGCCAACAAGAAAUCCGGUUGCGUCGGCGAGACCGAAAUCGGUAUCGGUCAGACUUCGGCAUGGAAGCUGUGCUCGCUCACACCGCGAACCUCGGCGGGUAUCUACUUUGAGGUAGUCACGCCGCCAGGUCAGCCCAUGCAGCCUGGCUCGCGAGGUCUGAUCCAGUUUGUCACGCACUACCAGCAUGCCUCGGGCCAGUAUCGACUGCGCGUCACCACCAUCGCACGAAACUUUGCCGAAGGCGGCUCGGGACAGAUCGCGGCCUCGUUCGACCAGGAGGCAGCCGCUGUGCUCAUGGCAAGGAUCGCCGUGUUCAAGGCCGAGAUCGACGACAGCCCCGAUGUGUUGCGCUGGCUCGACCGAAUGCUCAUCCGACUUUGCCAGAAGUUUGCCGACUACCGCAAGGACGAUCCCACCUCGUUCCGGCUGGGCGAGAAUUUCAGCAUCUACCCGCAAUUCAUGUUCCACCUGCGUCGUUCGCAGUUCCUGCAGGUGUUCAACAAUUCGCCAGACGAGACCGCCUUCUACCGCCACGUGCUCAACACAGAGGAUGUCAACAACUCGUUGAUCAUGAUCCAGCCCACGCUCAUGUCGUACGGAUUCGAAGGUCCGCCGCAGCCGGUGUUGCUGGAUUCGGUGUCGAUCAGGCCGGAUGUGGUGUUGCUGCUCGACACGUUUUUCCACAUUCUCAUAUUCCACGGAGAGACGGUGGCACAGUGGAGGAAGGCAGGAUACCAGGAUCAGGAAGGGUACGAGAACUUCAAGGAGGUGCUCGAGAAUCCGAGGGCCGAUGCGCAGGAUCUGUUGGCCGACCGCUUCCCCAUUCCCCGAUACAUUGUCUGCGACCAGAACGGCUCGCAGGCGAGAUUCUUGCUGUCCAAGCUCAACCCGUCGACGACGCACAUGAGCGGCGGAAUGUACGGCUCGAGUGGCGGCAGUGGUGCGGCUAUCUUCACCGACGACGUGAGCUUGCAGGUGUUUAUGGAGCAUCUCAAGCGUCUGGCUGUCGGCGCCUCGUCCAACUAG